UACGCCCAAAAACGCAGUGGUCGGAAACACGAGGCAGGCGAACACGAGGCAGGCUCUCCCCCGCUCGUCCUCUGAUCGGCCUGGAUAGCCCCGAUGAUGAGUGCGAUACUUGUCCCACACGCUGCGCACGAGUCGAGUCGUCCUCGCGCUGUGCCCUGCUCGCCGUCGACGUCGGUCUCGAGCACGCCCGCCGCGACGCCCUCGACGCCCAUGCACCCGGCGGCGAGCGGUCCGGCCCCGAGCAUGCGAUCACGUGCGUCCGUAAUAUCGGCGACUUUUUCGAUCUGCAUUUUGCUUCGGUGACAUCAUCCACUGAGCUGGACGCGCUGCACGCCUCCCGCACGAGCCUGACUCGUCCCUCCUCUCGCCAUGUUUCGUAUCGCCCUCCAGCGCACAUCCCUGCGGGCAGCGCCCACCUACCGCCGCAGCUUUGUCUCUACUGUCCUCCUGACGAAGCCAUGGGAAUCUGAGACCGUCAGCGAGCUUAAGAGGGAGGCGAGGAGGCGCGGCCUCUCUCAGUAUGUCCAGCGUGGCUCCCGCGAGUUUCACUCACCAAGGCCCAGGCAGGGUACCAAGGCCACACUCGUCACCCGCCUCAAGAAGGACGACGAGCGCAAGUCCAUGACCCCUGCACCCACCGUCUCUGCCAACGUCCCCAGGCAGGUUCGCCAUGCCUCUACGGCGGAGGUCCCAGGCAUCCCUUCCACUUCGGAGCCUCCCCCGUUAUCCAAGUUCCCCAGAGAGUUUUUCAAAGUGGCCCUUCCAGAUCUUUCGCAGCCAGAUCCUGAAACACCAAUACAGAUUCCCUUGCUCCCAGACCUCUGGGGCGCGUCUGCUCCCAAAGUUCAAUCUUCUGCAGACUUUGAUGCCGGCGCAAGCGCACCGAAGAUGGUCGCUGUAGCAGGCUCAGUCACGCACCACGGCGGGGGCCCAACGCACAACCUGUUCAGCUCCGACGAAGAAGCUUAUACAGCGGAGACUGCGCCCGCCAGGUCCGAGGACCAGAGCGUCUGGCGAGACUUCGCAGAUGACCUGAGCCUCCCUACGUCAUUCAAACCUUCCAAGGUCGCCGGCCAGGCCUUCGACGUGGCCGCGAAGACGGAGACGUCUGGUGAGAAGUCGUAUUCCCGCACGCUGGACUCCGACGAGGUCCGGGGUCUCUGGGUGCUGUUGGGUCUGCUUGCGGGUUCGUGGGUGGCUGCGGGUGUCUUCAAGCCAUCGUCUGCUUACGCGCAGAAGGUUGAGGAAGUGACGGAGCACGCGGCGGAAAAGGUGAAGGGCGGGCACUGA